AGGUUCUUUACUCUCAAGUACCCAAUGCGUUACGGACGCAACAAAACCCGCCGCAUGGUCCUCGGCAAGAUCCUCUUUGUGUGGGUUGUCUCCAUGGCAAUCUCUAGCCCCAUCCUUUUCUACGGGUUCCUGGACACCACCACGGUCUACAACCAGGGCGUCUGCGUGCCCGUACUAAAAAACUUCAUCAUCUACGGUUCCAUCUUCGCCUUCUACAUCCCCCUGCUCAUCAUGCUGGUCACUUACGUGCUGACCAUCCGGAUCCUGUGGAAGAACCAGAACCGCAUGCAGCAGAUGGAGCGAUCCGACUUGAAGCCCAGGCUGGCCCAGCUGACCGCUCAGUGUACGGGAUUGGCCAUACCCAAACUGCUGGCCAGUUUGCGCAGGUCAACCAAAUCCACGUCGUGUCCAAAAGUGAAAGCCGAGAAACGUUUGCUGACCCCACGUGUGUCGCCCAGGUCUCCUCGCUGUACGCUGGGGAGUGUCACCGACACCAUGGGCAGUGAUGUGGAGAUAUCCGGGUGUGGCUCAGAUGUAAGAGGCGGGAACAUGAGAGGCGAAGAUUUUGGUGGUGGUGGAAAAGGAGGAGGAGGAGGAUUGGGUGGGGGAGAAGGAAGAGGUGUUAGACUGCACAACAGCAUGAACUACCUCGCCCUUCCCUCCCGCCAGAGUUACGCCGUCCCCCGACCCCCCUCCUCCGCCUCCUCCUACCACUGCCCGCAGACGUCGGACACGGAGGAGAGCGAGAGCGAGCCCAACUACUUCAGCCUCCUGCAGACCUCCCACUCCUGCCGAUCUCUGUGCACACCCAUCAGCCUGGGCUCCUGCUCGGAGAAGUCUCUCCAGAAGCGUCUGCAGAAGAAGCAUCUCUAUCAGCACCAGCAGCAGGAGCUGCAGCAGCUGAGGAACGAGUACCACCAGCAGCGACAGCAGCUGUUGUGCAGCAACGACAGCAAUUUGAGCAACAGCGAUGUCGGUGGAGGUGGAGGUGGAGAUGGUGGUGGUGGUGGAGAUUUCUUCUGCUCCAGACCCGCCUCCCCGCAGGCAGAGGAGAGUCUCAGCGCCUCCGACUACCUCAACGGCUUCUCUGACGUCACGGCUUCAUCCGUUCUUACAAUCCCGCCGUCCCCCUCCCCUUCGCCGCCCUCCUCACCUAUGUUAGACUCCCACUUCGGAGAGGAUUUCGCUCUAAGUCAUCUACCCCCUUCAUCAUCUUCCUCCACAACGCAGCCGAUAACGGCAGCCACUCCGGCGUCGGCGAAGUUAAAUAGGAAGUCCUCGCUAAACCAAAGCAAAAAACUCGACAGCCAAAGACCCCCAAAGAAAAAACGUUACUCGAAACGGCUCAAAAAAAGACGUAACAGCCUGACACAACAGCAGUCCAGUCGGAACUCUGACGACAAAACGACUGCGCAAGCGCAGCAUUUGGAAGUUCCGUGUCAAGUGUACUUCCGACGGGGGCGCGGUAUUAAAAAUAGCUUGAACAAUGGCGGCGGGGGAGGGGCUCAGAAGCUGCUGGCCACCGCCGUGUCGGAUACGCAAGUGUCACAGGUUGGAAGGGGAAGGAACUCAGAGAACGGCGGAGACAACUCUCUCAGCUCUUUCCAUCUGAGCUGUAGUAACCUCAACAAGGACUACAAGUCCAUGGAGUGGGACAGAAGAUAUUUCCAGAUACAGGAAGAGAUGGACCUUUGCCUGAAGGGAGACUUCGACAAGAAAGACCGAAAGCAAACGGGAGAACAGAGUGAAAACCCGCAGGCACAAGGAAAAGAGGACAACCCUGACUGGCUGGAUCCUCUACGGUCAAGCGUGUCUGCUCCCAACUCCCCGACAGAGAGGAGAACUCCCGCGACCAUUGGAGACCAAGAGUCAUCAUCUUCAGACGAUAACUACAAAAGGAGAGGAGAUGAAGAAGACGGUGAAGAGACGUCAGAUAAAAAUAACGACAACGACGAUGAAGACGAUGACGACGACGAUGAUGAUGAUAACGAUACAUCCGGUUCAUCAACGCCAGAUGUGAUAACCAUCCGUCUCCAUCCUCCCACACCCAAGUCAAAGACAAACGAGGCCGCUGCUGUCUCUUUCUCCUCUGCUCCUGGGCGCCUGAGGAGUCAGUCUGUGAUCAGACCUGUAAGGUCACUCCCUCUCCCGCCAUGCCACAGUGGCUACCAAAACGGCUCAGCUCUGACCCAUUCACCUCUCAAUAAACACGUCAUCAGUGGUAGCAACAGCUACAACAACGUCAUCAGCGCCAAUAAUAUCGCCAACUACACUUCGACAACCACAACUGCCAUCAACAACAUGGGCACCACGGUAACAAGUCUCAGUUCCCCGCCCCACCAAUCUGGGUACAGUCUAUCCCCCGUGAGUCCGAAUCCCCCUGAGUUCGUCAUCUCUAGCGAAGGUGAGAUGACUUUGGAGGAAACAGACGACACCCUGGACGGCAGCCCUAAGCCCCGCCCCCUGGCCAAUCACAGCCGACAGCGCUACAAAAAACGUCAGCAGUCUCCGGUUGGGCGUGGCAAAGUCAACAACCACCACAAGCGGACAACAACAGGAAAACCACGCUCUUCAUUCAGGAACACAUUCCGAAGUCAGAAGUCUUCCAAGAACAAAACUGCGGUCAAACACAUUCUCUCCAAAAAGACGGCGAGUAACGAGAAGAAGGCCUCCAAAGUUCUCGGAAUAAUCUUUGUGGUGUUCGUCACUUUGUGGACACCGUUCUUCACCGUGAACAUCCUGUCGGCGACGUGCGAGUCUUGCAUCAGAAACAUCACAGGGGAGAUGAUGUCUCUCUUCCUCUGGAUGGGUUACAUCGCCUCGCUGGCCAACCCCAUCAUCUACACCAUGUUCAACACGGCUUUCCGCCGGACCUUCAUUCGGAUACUGACCUGCCAGAUCAAGAGGUCGUGUGGUACAAAGUCUAGUGACCUACAUUACAACAUGAGCUACACCACCAUGCUGGCUAGUGAGAGGCGCAACACUAUGACGGUGGUGUUGAGGGAGGAGUCUCGAUAGAUGGAAGGAUGCUCACGCGAGGUUACAUACAUGCAGAGAGACAGACGGACUCUCGCAAACAGUUACAAACACACACACACACACGCGCACAC